AUGUUGUUAGACCAUCGAAAACGUCAAAAUGAAUCGGCCGAUGAAGAACAAGAAUUUUCAGAAGUCUUUAUGAAAACCUAUAGUUAUACAGAUAGUUUUCGAAAAUUCAAAAAUAAAGAAACUAUUGCAGCGGUCAGAAGUUUACUUAUGCAAAAGAAAUUGCACAAAUUUGAGCUAGCUGCUUUGGGAAAUCUUUGCCCAGAAGCGCCAGAAGAGGCAAAAGCAUUAAUUCCAUCGCUCGAGGGACGUUUCGAAGAUGAAGAAUUGAGACAAAUUCUGGAUGAUAUUGGUACAAAAAGAAGUUUACAAUAUUAA